AUGUCCGAUGUGGCCCUCAUGACAAAUGAUGUCACCAUCUCUGCUUUAGGAGAUGCAGAUGAUGUGAUCGGCCAGUUUCGUGACUACUGCUAUACUGCUGAUCCCGACAAAGCCCACCCAAUAACCAAUGCUGGAGAUGGGACAGAGUGUUGGUGGCAGAGUCCUUCUCUCUCCCAAGGUUUGAAGGAUGAUGAAGUAAACAUCACUUUAGACCUAGGACAGAAAUGUGAAGACAAGUCAAGACAGAAAUCCCAGAAGAAGAAAUUGAGCAUCGCAACAAACAUCAGCCUGAUAACCCUUUCUAUUAUGGAUGCUGCCUUGGAUUAUUACGAUGACCCUGAUUAUGCAUACUCUUCUUUCCCAAAUGACAAUAUCAAUUACGAGAAUGCUUCAGGAGACAUUUUAUCUCAGAAUACCACUUAUUAUGGAAGAGAAAAUAUCAUCAAUGAAGUUUUUGGCAUCUCCCUAGUGGUCAUCUGCCUUUUCGGAGCCGUAGGGAACGGGAUAAUCAUCUGGCUUCUUGGCUUCCGCAUUAAGAGGAAUCCUUUCAGCACCUACAUCCUGAACUUGGCCAUUGCUGAUUUGGGGGUCCUUCUGUCAGUUGCAUUUCUCGUUGUUAAUGUCAGGACUUUAUUCCAGUAUGAUCCUCCCAUUAUGACUCCAGUGCUCGUGUUCCUACUCCUAUCAACGUACAGCGCUAGUCAAUUCCUUCUGACGGCCGUCAGCAUCGACAGGUGCGUGGCCGUCUUCUUCCCCCUUUGGCACCGAUGCCGCCGGCCACCACAUUUAUCCACCAUCGUAUGUGCACUUAUAUGGGUCCUCUCCAUCCUGCUGACUGCAAUUACCUGCACUCUCAAAAGCUUGAAUCCGUAUGCAGCAACAACUGGAGAAUUUUGCCAGUUUAUUGUGAAUGCCGUGCUUUGCCUCCCGGUUGUGACAAUUGCCACUGCGUCCCUGUUCAUCAAAGUCUGCUUUAAAACACAGCAGCGUCGAAGGGGAAGGCUUUUGACCAUUGUCUUGUUUACUCUUCUCUUCUUCCUCCUCUUUGCUUUCCCGCUGAACGUCAUGUACAUCCUCUCUGGUCUUAAUUAUUUACCAUUAUACAUGGUAGUUGGUGCCGUUCUCUUAGCCUGUUUAAAUAGCAGCAUCAACCCAGUCAUUUAUUUCCUGGUUGGGAGACAAUGGAAGUCUAGAGGUAGGGAGAGCAUGAGGGUGAUCCUCCAGAAGGUUUUCAAGGAGGAAGAGGGCUGUGCAGAGGAAAACCCAGUUGAAAUCCAACUGUGA